AUGCCGCUGGCCCGCAGUGUGUCCGUGAGUUCCCUGCCGGGCUUGGAGGACUGGGGGUCCCGAGCCCUCGACAACGCCGUGCUCUUCGAGAUGGCCUGGGAGGUGGCCAAUAAAGUGGGGGGGAUCUACACGGUGCUGCAGACCAAGGCCCGGGUGACUGCGGACGAGUGGGGCGAGAGCUACGUCCUGGUGGGGCCCUACGUGGAGAGCUCGGUGCGCACCCAGGUGGAGCUGCUGGAGCCCCCCCAGCCCGCCCUGCGCCGCACCCUCGCCGCCAUGAACGCCCAGGGCUGCAAGGUGCACUUUGGGCGGUGGCUGAUCGAGGGCAGCCCGGCCGUGGUGCUGCUGGACGUGGGGGCCACGGCCUGGAGUUUGGAGCGCUGGAAGGGGGAGCUGUGGGAGAGCUGCGCCAUCGGCGUGCCCUGGUACGACCGCGAGGCCAACGACGCCGUCCUCUUCGGCUUCCUCGUCGCCUGGUUCCUCGGGGAGUUUGCAGCGCAGAGCGAGGAGAAGCCGUUCAUCGUGGGGCACUUCCACGAGUGGCUGGCGGGGCUGGGGCUGGUUCUGAGCCGCGCCCGCCGCCUGCCCGUAGCCACAAUCUUCACCACCCACGCCACCCUGCUGGGCAGGUACCUGUGUGCUGGGAGCGUGGACUUCUACAACAACCUGCACAGUUUUGACGUGGACAAGGAGGCGGGGGAGCGGCAGAUCUACCACCGGUACUGCCUGGAGCGCGCGGCCGCGCACUGCGCCCACGUGCUGACCACCGUGUCCCACGUCACAGCCGCUGAGGCUGAGCACCUGCUCAAGAGGAAGCCAGACCUGGACCCCAACGGGCUGAACGUUCGCAAGUUCUCGGCCAUGCACGAGUUCCAGAACCUGCACGCCCAGAGCAAGGCCCGGGUGCAGGAGUUCGUCAGGGGGCACUUCUACGGGCACCUGGAUUUCGACCUGGACAAGACCCUUUUCUUCUUCAUUGCCGGGCGCUACGAGUUCUCCAACAAGUGUCACCACAUCUUCCUGGAGGCCCUGGCCAGGCUCAACUACCUGCUCAGGGUGAACGGCAGCGAGGUGACGGUGGUGGCUUUUUUCAUCAUGCCCGCCAGGACCAACAACUUCAACGUGGAGUCGCUCAAGGGCCAGGCCGUCAGGAAACAGCUCUGGGACACGGCGAACGCUGUGAAGGAGAAAUUCGGGAAGAAGCUCUAUGAGUCUCUGCUGGUGUAA